AUGCUGGUAAUUCAUUAAAUAUAUGUCUCAAUUCUCCUGUUUAAUUAGAUCUUUUUUUUCUUCUUGCACAGGAAACCAUAAAAUAUCCAUGGACUAGAUCUAAAUCAGGAACCCAGAUGAACUUACAGAAGCUAGCAUGGGAUUCUUAGUUUUUCAAGAUCCAUACACACCAUACCCUUAAAACACCACAACUCCAGUGGCCAGGCUUUCUCCGGUUUUGUGAGGAUUUACCAAAACUUGGAUGAUGGAAAAGCAAAGGACUUAAUUACUCACUUGAUAUCAUCUAACAUCAACAGGAAAGUGAGCCAGACGGCAGUACAGCCAUGGAAAAAAAUUCAAGUUUAUGGAAGAACCUAAUAGAUGAACACCCAGUCUGCACAAGCUGGAAGCAAGAGGCCGAGGGAGCCAUUUAUCAUCUUGCCAGUAUUUUAUUCGUAGUAGGUUUCAUGGGUGGCAGUGGAUUCUUCGGACUCCUUUAUGUCUUCAGUUUGCUGGGGUUGGGUUUUCUCUGCUCUGCCGUCUGGGCUUGGAUAGAUGUCUGCGCAGCCGACAUCUUCUCCUGGAAUUUUGUUCUCUUUAUUAUCUGCUUCGUGCAGUUUGUUCACAUUGCAUAUCAAGUGCGCAGCAUAACCUUUGCCCGAGAAUUCCAGCUGUUGUACAGCUCCAUUUUCCAGCCUCUGGGGACCUCCUUGCCUGUCUUCAGAACCAUUGCUCUGAGCUCUGAAGUGGUUACUUUGGAAAAGGAGCACUGUUACGCCAUGCAGGGGAAAACUUCCAUUGAUAAACUCUCUCUGCUUGUCUCAGGAAGGAUCAGAGUGACAGUUGACGGCGAAUUUCUGCAUUACAUUUUCCCCUUCCAGUUCCUGGAUUCUCCUGAAUGGGACUCACUGAGACCCACAGAGGAAGGCACUUUUCAGGUAACCCUCACAGCAGAAACUGAUUGUCGAUAUGUGUCUUGGAGGAGAAAGAAAUUAUAUUUGCUCUUCGCUCAGCAUCGUUACAUCUCCCGCCUGUUUUCAGUUUUAAUUGGCAGUGACAUUGCAGAUAAACUCUAUGCCUUGAAUGACAGGGUAUAUGUAGGAAAAAAAUACCACUACGAUAUCCGGUUACCCAACUUCUAUCAACUUCAGGAGACAAGUCCUGAAAAGCCCAGAUCACCCCUGAUAGGACAUUGUCGCAAUUCCAGACAAUACUGUGAUAAAUGACAUCGAAGUUGGAAGUUUUAUAUUUAAAAAAAACAAAACACCUCUCUUCAUCAUUCCCCAAAUGAAAUAGCUAAAUAUAGAAAACUGAGCUCACUAAUAUUUUUAUAAAUCAAACUCAGAGGCAAGAUGCCAUUGCCAGCUCUUUUAUUCAGCUCAACUUGUGCAUUGUGAAUAAAUUUUACCAAUUUUUCU